CUGGGAACUCCCAUACUGCCUUUAGUUCUACACAAUCGUUUCGAUCUCACUUGUGAUUAGGUCUGGUGUUAACCAGGCAAGACUACUACUGCCUUGUGUAUGGAUAUCUUUGCGUUACCUGUUGUUUUCGAAUUGUUGUCGUUUUGUGGAUCAGCCGAGGCGACACACGGAUGCCUUGCUAGAGAUAAACUCGCAGAGCGAUCCCAUGCGCGCAGGGGAAUGAGGGUGGGACAGCCGUGUCCUUAGAAGAAGUUUAAAUCGCCCACGGAUUGCAUGUGCUAUUUGGAACCAGACAGAAGACAACGGAAUUAAGUCUCCGAUCAGAGGGAAUGAUGUGCGCACAGAUGUCUGAUACAGGAUUAUUUAGGAGCGGACAAUGGAGAUAUGGCAGUUAGACUUGAACUUGAAUCGAUAGUGAUGCUCUGAAGAGGAUGGGUAACUUGGGUUCGCGGACCUGCUAAUAAUAAUUUUAAAAAAAACUUCAAUGAAGUCAGUUUUCUACAGCCGAUUUUUCAUACUUCUGCCCUGGGUUCUGAUCGUCAUCAUCAUGAUCGACGUGGACACGAAGAGAUCCACCUCCGUUCGGCACACCGCGCAGUCUUACCUCUCGCGACUUGGAAACGGACAGCGCCACGAGAGACCCGCGUUGCCCGGGAAGAACCGCACAGCAGCUCUGCCGGUGAUCUACGCCAUCACCCCGACGUAUAACAGAGCGGUGCAAAAAGCCGAGCUCACCAGGCUCUGUAACACCUUCCGUCAGGUGCCUCAGUUCCACUGGAUCGUGGUGGAGGAUGCGAACAGCAAGUCGGAGUUGGUGGCGCGCUUUCUCGCCCGCUGCGGUGUCCCGUACACGCACUUGAACGUCUUCACGCCCCGGCGCUUUAAGCGGAUCGGUAUGCCGCGAGCCACGGAGCAGAGGAACACUGCUCUCGGCUGGCUACGGCAGCGUCGCUCCCUAAAGGACUCGGGCAUCGUCUUUUUCGCCGACGAUGACAAUACAUACAGCCUGGAGUUGUUUGAGGAGAUGCGCUCCACUCGCAGGGUGGCCGUGUGGCCGGUGGGCCUGGUCGGGGGGCGGCGCUACGAGAGGCCCCUGGUGGAGAAAGGCAAGGUGGUGGGCUGGUACACGGGGUGGAGGGCCGACCGACCCUUCGCCAUCGACAUGGCAGGGUUUGCAGUGAACCUGCAGGUGAUCCUGUCCAAUCCCAGGGCCGUGUUCAAGCGGCGGGGGGCCAAGCCAGGCAUGCAGGAGUCCGACUUCCUCAAGCAGAUCACUAAAGUGGAGGACCUGGAGCCCAAAGCUAACAACUGCACUAAG